AUGGAUGAACACAAGAAAUUUCUUGCCGAUCGCAUACUGAGCGAGGAGCGCCCAAUUACCUAUCGCGUACUGAGCCGCGCGUUGGACGUCAAUGUCAAUACAGCAAAGGAAAUGCUCUAUGACUUCUACACAUAUCAGAACAAGCUACGUGCCGAUUCCGUUCACGCCACCUACCUCGUCCAUGGAGUCAAGGACGCAGCUCUGCAGCCGGAUGUUGAUGUCGACAUGGGCAGCUCUCAACCAGAGCCUCUAACUGACAAUGUCCCAACCAUGACGAUGACUCUGGUCGCAGAUGACAAGCUUAAAGGGACCCUCGCUCAAUAUAGCAAAGUCACAGCUAUUCACAUUUACAGUUUGGCUCCCAAUCCGCAAAAAGAUUUCAUCUUGCUGGCCGAUGUUUCCAAGUCCAUUUCUGAGUAUUCCACAAACGAGGAUGCUGCCACGUUAUCCAAAAAGUAUGGCGCCAUCUACAACCCACACACCCGACGGAGAGACCGCAAGAAGGGCAUACCGACGCCGGCUCCUAAACCGGCUGCCGUAAAUAAUCCUGAACCAGCCGCAAAACCUGUCGCCAAAUCUGCCGCCGCUCCAACCCCCGUCAAAAAAGAGCCGGCUCCGAGUGCGCCUGUCAAACAAGAGACGCCAUCAUCUAGCGUGUCAAAAGGCGCACCCGCGCCUAAGAAGGCUCUUGGCGGUAUCAUGCAGUCCUUUGCCAAGGCGGCCUCCAAGCCUCCAAAGCCUAAGCCAGCGGUGAAGAAGGAGGAGGAUACAGCCAUGGCCCUGAGCGAUGAUGGCGAGGCUGACGCGGACGACAUGCCUGUUCCGCAGAAGACCGCUGCUGAAACCGAGUCUUUGCGGCAAGCAAAGAGAAAGCGCGAAGAUGAUUUGCGGCGAAUGAUGGAGGAAGACGAUGAAGAAGAGGAGGAAGAUGAAGACAAGGAGCCGGAAGAUGCCGAGAUGGAGGAGCCAGAACCCGAGCCAGAACCAGAACCAAUGAAGGAAGAGAAGAAAGAGCCGGAGGAGGUGGUUUCUACCUCCUCAAAUGGCCGUCGGCGUGGCAAGCGUCGCGUAAUGAAGAAAAAGCGAAUCUUGGAUGACCAAGGAUAUAUGGUUACGAUCCAAGAGGCUGCGUGGGAAUCCUUUUCAGAAGACGAUACACCCGCUCCGGCGAAGAAGGAGACGCCAAGUUCUACGCCCGCCUCUUCGGGUGCCAAGUCCAAGAAAGCGCCGGCCGCCAAAGGCAGCCAGGGAAGCAUCAUGUCCUUUUUCGCAAAGAAGUAG